GUGUGGGGCGCCUAUCAAUGAAUGUGUGUCGUUUGUUUAAGUAGUGAUGCAAUACUUGCAGGAAAAAAAUCUAUUAACCUAUUUGUGGUAUUACAUGUGUAGAUUAAAGUUAACAGUACCAGCUGAAUGUAUGACGGAUGAACAAAUCAGUUCUGGAGUACAGUUAUGAGUCUCGAUUUCGCACAAUAAGAAAAUAAAGACCUAUGCUAUUUGUAAUCUAUACAGUAGGAGGCAGGCUUCUUGAAUGGAUUAAAAUGUACUGCCUGUAUGACUAGGCCAAAAAUGGUAAACAGAAUUCAUCAACUUUGAUGCUACUUGAUUUAUGAAAUGGCAGAAGAAAAACUGCUACAGAAAGAUAGUCUUGUUAAAAGCUUAGCAGAUCUGGUUAUUUCUGGAAGACAAAUUCUCGAGAAUGCUAUUGAAGAAAGGAGAAACGGUUCUUUGCAAGAUUUUUCUUCAAAGAAAAUUUCUCUUUUGCUUGGAUUCACUGAUAUGGGUGCACAUUUUCUUAGCAGCUUGUCUGUGAAGAAAAGAACUGAAGCUGAGGAGUUGUGGAAGAAGUAUUUUCAUGAUGUUGAUGUCCAAGAUCAUGUUGAAGAUUUAUUGCAACUUGAAACAGAUUGGAAUGAGUUUGUCGAAGGCGUGGAUUCAGAACUGAACCUCAAUGGCAAUCUCCACAGUGAGGUUCAACUAGGAGGAUACAUGCCUGGUGUACUGAAACUGAAGGAUGCUCGAAGUGAUGAGUCUGUAAGCCUGGGCAGUUACUUGGGGAAAGGCACAAAGUUACUGCUUGUCCUGCUGAGGCACUUUGCCUGACUUCCAUGACGAGAUCACGUGGCAGAGCUAGAAAGGAGUCAGAACCUUUUAGACGCUGUGCCUUUACGUGUGUUGGUGAUCUCAUUUGGCUGUCGGGAGGGGGGCUUGUAUUGGCUUCAAGACACAGGCUUCAAAUAUGACAUGUUGCUGGACCAACACCGGGAGAUGUACCAUGCAUUUGGCUUAGGGGUGUCCAUAGCAAAAGUUUGGUCUUUCAGUAACCUGUUUCUCUACGCUGAAUAUAAAGCUUCAAAACGGCAGUUUGCCAGAACUCCUGCUAAUAUUAAAGACGACAUAUAUCAGCUUGGUGGCGAUUUUGUCUUGGAUGAGCGUGGAAAAGUGAUUUAUUUUCACCCCAGCGAGAAUCCUUCUGACAGACCUUCAGUGACAGAAUUAUUGAAUGCCAUUGCUGAAGCACCCAAAAAACCUUAAUCCAACUGUGUAACAAAAAUGUGAUAAGUGUCACACAGACUACACGUUUGAAAAUGACAAGGAAAGCAUGUUACUCUUGGCUUGUAUCAAUGAAAACAAUGCUUGAACUCAUAUUUAUGAAAAGUGUUGUAUGAUAUAUAAACAAGCUGAGGGAUAAUGACUUCUUUCCCAUCAUUUGAGCAGAUUUUUAUAAUGCAGAUCUAAAGAAUGGUGCUUAUGAGUCAGACUCAUAAAAAGUACCAAUUCAUAAUGAUUAUUAUUGAAAAAAUAAAAACAAAUUGUAUUGUUUUGCUGAA